AUGCGACGAGGACGACGAGAUGAUGAACGGAGUCUUCUUCCUCCCGUCGAUCCCGGAAGUCUCGGAAGAAGACAGGUUAGCUUCGGCAGAAUCCCUUCUAUGUCGAGUUUGGACCCGAAUGAAGACCCAGUGAGUGGAUUGGAACGUGUGUCAUCGAUCUCUUCCAUGCAACAACUUAAACGAAGACGAGAACGAGAACGGAGACUUAGAAUGCAACAUCCGGCAAGUGGUAGGAGGAAUGAAACCCCAGGGAAUUCAGUACACCCUCUCAGUGAUGCGUUUGAGAGUUUGGACUAUGAAAUUGUGGAUAACGACCUUUAUAGGGCUGAGGAGACUUGUAAAGAUCACCAGGUAGGGAUAACAUUGUUUUAUUUUGUUAUUUGGUUUAGAAAAAUUUGAGAACUACUUCAAGGAAUAGAUGGAUAGCCUGUCUUUUCAUUGGAAUUGCUGUUGGUUUGAUUGGAGUUGUGGUAGACGUGUCUGUUUACUACAGUUCCAAACUUAAAUACCACAUUAUUAUAAAUGGCCGUAAGUGGGUUUAUUAUAUUUUGUUUAUUUCAGUCGUUGAUGUAUGCGAGAGCGGAGGCAUUGGAAAUGGGGGAUGUAUGUGGCUUGUCCUAACAGCAUGGACUUCAUACAAUUGUUUGCUGGUUGCUGUCGCUUCGUUAAUGGUUCUCUGGGUCUCAAGUAAUGCAUCUGGUUCAGGAAUUCCAUUAAUUAAAUGCUUUCUGAACGGAAUCCAAAUUCCAGGAGUUGUAUCAUUUAAGACCUUAGUCGCUAAAGUAAUUGGGGUUGCUUGCGCCGUUGCUGGAGGUCUGGCGGUUGGGAAGGUAUAGGCUUAAUUCUAUAAUAUUGACUGAUGUUUUGCAGGAAGGUCCCAUGAUUCAUUCGGGUGGUGCUGCCGCUGCUUUAGUAUCCCAAAUAAGGUUCAAAUUGUUUGGAUAUAAGUUUGAGCCUUUUCCAGAAUUCAGAAAUGAUCGGGAGAAGAGGGAUUUUGUAUCUGCUGGUGCUGCGGCUGGUGUUUCUGCAGCCUUUGCUGCUCCAAUUGGUGGGGUUUUGUUCAGUUUAGAGGAAGGAGCCAGCUUCUGGAACCAAACAAUGACUUGGAGGAUGGUAAAUUAAAAUGUUUUGUGACUCUUGUUUUAGGUAUUCACUGCCCUAGUCUCCACAUUUACCCUUAACUGCUGCCUAAGUUUAUUUUUUAGUAGGCCCGGAUAUCUGUCAUGGAGUGGAUUAGCAAAUUUCGGUGUUUUCGAAGUAGGUUUAUAGUCGUAUGAUCACGUAUUUUUUAGAAUCAGUCCUACAAUGUCUGGGAAAUACCAUUCUUCGCAGCGAUUGGUGCUAUUGGCGGUUUGUCUGGAGCUUGGUUUAACUAUUUACAUUGCAAAAUAGCUGCUUAUCGUAAAAAGUAAGGCAGAUGAAAAUAUAGAUUAAUUUCAGUUAUAUUCGAAAUGGAUAUCAGAAGUUUUUCGAAGCUAUAUUGGUGGCAGCAGCUUCGGCUUUUGUCGGAUUUAUCACCUUGUUGUUGGUCGAUGACUGUCAGCCAAUUGGUGUGAACCCUGGCCUGACAGAUGUCACAAAAUUAUGGUGUCCACGGGGAAAAUACAGUGCCGUGGCAAAUCUUUUCUUCCAAAAUCCGGAAGAAAGUGUAAAGAGUCUCUUCCACAGUCCCUUCAGUAAGUAAACGAAACAAUAUGUUUGAUGAUGCCGCUCUAAUAGAUGCUCUACGACCUAUUACACUGGUUGUAUUUGCCGUUCAAUAUUUCUUUCUCUCAGUUUGGACCUAUGGUUUAACAAUCCCCGGUGGUAUCUUUAUUCCUCUGUUGUUAACUGGAGCUGCCUGGGGACGAUUGAUCGGAUUGGGAGUUGAAAGUUUUGUUCCAAAUCUAGCUGGAAUUGACCCCGGAAAAUAUGCUUUGGCUGGGGCCGCUGCUCAGUUGGGUGGAGUUGUCAGAAUGACCAUCAGUUUGACUGCUAUCAUUAUGGAGGCAACCAAAGAUGUCACUUUUGUCAUGCCCAUCAUGAUUACUCUCUGGGCGGCUAAAUUUGUUGGUGAUUUCUUCAAUGAAGUAUGUUAGAAGUCGUAAAACUAUCCUCUAUUUAGGGUAUAUACGACAUCAACAUUGAACAGCUCGAGAUUCCAUUACUUGGGUGGCAUCCACCAAAACUUUGCAGAAAUAUUUUGACUCAAAAUAUUAUGAGGAAAGAUGUUGUUGCUUUGCAACCAAAGGAACGAGUGGGUCAUAUUCUGGAUAUUCUCAAGUCGACGAAGCACCACGCCUUCCCUGUUGUGGAUAAGAUUGAAGCCGGCGUAACAGAAUCGCAAUUCCCUGAUUAUGGAAGACUUAAAGGUCUCAUAUUACGUUCCCAGUUAAUUACUUUGAUCAAGAAGAAGCAUUUUACAAUCGAUUCUGAAGGAAGACAUCCGGUAGUGGGGGCUCGACCUGUAUCUCUCUAUGAUUUCAAUGUUGAUUAUCCAAAGUAAGGCUUGUGGGAAUUCAAAAUGAAAUUCCAGUUUUAAAACGCCGACCCAAGAUUUUGGGGUAACCCUGGAGGAAGAGCGGGCGUGGUUGGAUUUUAGGCCCUUUAUCAACCAGUCGGCUCAUCGGGUUCCUUUGAAUGCAUCAUUGGGAUCCAUUUUCAGACUCUUCAGAGGCUUAGGAUUAAGGCAUAUAUUUGUAGUCAACGACGAUAAUCGGGUAAACUUUUUUAUAUACUGCGCGUCAAAAGUUUGGAACAUGCCGGAUCUUCUUUGCGGCUUGAGAUGGGAGUUUCAUUUCUUUUUUAUUAGAAGCUCCAUGUAUUAAAAACCUCAAUGAAUACAUAGCCAUGGAAAUCAGAAAGCUCGUUGGAAUUUUAAAAAAAAAUUUUAAAAAUAAGUGCGUCAAAAGUUUGGAACAGCUUUUGGAAGGUGAUUAUAAACUUCGGGAUAGAGGCAGGUAUCCUCGCAUUUAGUGUUUCUGGAUGAUGUAUGGAAUCGGCAUGCCAAUGGCAUACGGAUUUUCAUCGAUAAACCCAAAAUGAAAAAAAUGCUUAUUGAGCCAAAAACUACGCACAGCGUUCUGUACUUUUUUGGAAUGAUUCCGACACCGAUUUUUUCGAAUUUUUUUAAAAUAGCCCGCAUUUACGCGGGUGUCGCUAGGGAAUACUGUAAGAUUGACGUGUAAAAUUUUCAGUGCUUAUAGAGUAAAGAGAGAUCUUUCCAACGAUACAACUUACGUAAAUUAAUAUGGAAAAAGAAAUUUGUAAUCAGCGCUGAAAAAUGACCGACUUUGUAUUUUCGGCGCUAAAGAUUGCCCUUAGGCAGAUCUCUUAGAAGAAGUGGAUGGUACCACCUUGUGCGGAAUUUUAUUCUCUACAACAUAUCCAAAAACUACAAAAUUUUACUGCUUUUCCGUCGAAUUAUGCCUCAAAAAUGCAAUUUUUGCACUAGUUUUACCAAUUUUUAAAAAAUAUUUGCACUUUAAGGGCAUUAUUACAAAAACAGAGUCGUACAUAUUGAAGCUUGCAUGGUAGCUGAGCAUACUUUUUUAUUUUACCCUGUCAUCUGUCUCCAUCUUCAAGAACAACGGAGCUAAAGUUUGGUGCUUGGACCCAGCAUAAAAAUGCCCUAAGGGCGAAUUUCAAAAAUGCGAUAGUGCCACUGAACGUACAAUAAGCGUUCAAACAGCCAUGCUCAAAAGGCAACGAUUCGAUUCUUUCUUCUGUGACUGCUCCAAGAAAUCCAUGCAACAUCAUGAACGCGUAAAUGUGUUCAUGAGGCCACCGAUGUUUCAAACUAUUCCGGAAACUCCCAACGUUGAUUUUUUCCUCAAAUUUGGCGUACCUGUAGCACAAAAAAUUCUACGUUCAGCGGCACUAUCGCAUUUUUUAAAUUCGCCCUUAGGGCAUUUUUAUGCUGGGUCCAAGCACCAAACUUUAGCUCCGUUGUUCUUGAAGAUGGAGACAGAUGACAGGGUAAAAUAAAAAAGUAUGCUCAGCUACCAUGCAAGCUUCAAUAUGUACGACUCUGUUUUUGUAAUAAUGCCCUUAAAGUGCAAAUAUUUUUAAAAAAUUGGUAAAACUAGUGCAAAAAUUGCAUUUUUGAGGCAUAAUUCGACGGAAAAGCAGUAAAAUUUUGUAGUUUUUGGAUAUGUUGUAGAGAAUUAAAUUCCGCACAAGGUGGUACCAUCCACUUCUUCUAAGAGAUCUGCCUAAGGGCAAUCUUUAGCGCCGAAAAUACAAAGUCGGUCAUUUUUCAGCGCUGAUUACAAAUUUCUUUUUCCAUAUUAAUUUACGUAAGUUGUAUCGUUGGAAAGAUCUCUCUUUACUCUAUAAGCACUGCAAAUUUUACACUUCAAUCUUACAGUAUUCCCUCGCGACACCCGCGUAAAUGCGGGCUAUUUUAGAAAAAUUCGAAAAAAUCGGUGUCGGAAUCAUUCCAAAAAAGUACAGAACGCUGUGCUACGGUCAAAUUUGUGAAAAAAUGAAUUUUUUGGUUUGGGUUCUCUAUGUUGUCGGUGUGUAAGCGUUCUAAAAUUUUUAAUGUGGUCGCACAAUUGUACAAGGGCACUCAGAUCUUCGCAUAGAAACCAUAUCCGCACAGCAUAAUUUAUGAAAAUUUUGAGUUUUGCUAUAAAUCUUGAUUUAAUGUAUUUUAUAUUUUUUAUUGAGUGGCUUGGAGGCUAAUUGGCUUUCUGACCGUCAUCGUGGAAUAAAAAUGUAUUUUCAAGCAACAAAAAUCCACGGUAUUUGCAACAUCCAAGGCCACAUCUUUCAGAUAAUAAAAAAAUUUUUUGUCCCCAAAAUCAAUAUUCAUAUCUGACCCGGAUUUAUGGCGUGAUAAUUCGGAAAGUUGGUUUAUAAUACUGUAUCGGUGUAAUAACAAUAAAGGCACAUAGUUUUGAGCCAUGCAGCGGCUUCAUAUCCAAGAUAAAAAAUACGGGAAUAUUAACAUUUCAUAUACCCGCUAUUUUUAAAGAUGUGGAUUUGAUGUUGCAAACAGUGGCCAAGUUCGGCAUCUUGAAGACACCUUUUUAUUCCACGAUGACGGUCAGAAAGCCAAUUAGCCUCCAAGCCACUCAAUAAAAAAUAUAAAAUACAUUAAAUCAAGAUUUAUAGCAAAACUCAAAAUUUUCAUAAAUUAUGCUGUGCGGAUAUGGUUCUUAUGCGAAGAUCUGAGUGCCCUUGUACAAUUGUGCGACCACAUUAAAAAUUUUAGAACGCUUACACACCGAUAACAUAGAGAACCUAAACCAAAAAAUUCAUUUUUUCACAAAUUUGACCGUAGUUUUUGGCUCAAUAAGCAUUUUUUUCAUUUUGGGUUUAUCGAUGAAAAUCCGUAUGCCAUUGGCAUGCCGAUUCCAUACAUCAUCCAGAAACACUAAAUGCGAGGAUACCUGCCUCUAUCCCGAAGUUUAUAAUCACCUUCCAAAAGCUGUUCCAAACUUUUGACGCACUUAUUUUUAAAAUUUUUUUUUUAAAUUCCAACGAGCUUUCUGAUUUCCAUGGCUAUGUAUUCAUUGAGGUUUUUAAUACAUGGAGCUUCUAAUAAAAAAGAAAUGAAACUCCCAUCUCAAGCCGCAAAGAAGAUCCGGCCUGUUCCAAACUUUUGACGCGCAGUAUAUGUUCUGUUGUCGGUUACGAUGAAGGGUCUAAUGUUUCGUACAUUUGCUUCAGCUUCGGGGUAUUAUUACACGAAAAGACGUCGCCAGGUUUCAAGAAAAGCGGGUGAGAGGUCGGCUCAUCAUCCAAGAGGCCUACAUAGCUCAUACUGACAAUACGGAACACGCUUAA